UAACAAAGGACUAAGUUUGGAUUUCUCUUUAAAUUUGGAAUUAUCUGUUUAAACAUGGAUUUCUUAAUCGAAAUGCUUCCUCUCACCCUAUACGUACUGUUGACUUCAUAACGAUUAUAAUACGCAGAGUAAGGAAGAAAUUGUGCAAGAAAUACUUUAAAUUACUUAACAUUAAAGCCGUAGUGUUGUUUAGGCGUUUGGUGUGUUUUUAACAUUAUUCUCUCAAAUAUUUGAAUAAAGAUCAACCGAGACGCCCAGACUUGUGCCAGAUGUAACACGAAGAUGUCGGCAUACUUCUGCUCAAUCUGUAAACACUUCACUGGUGAAGAUAAACAUCCCUACCACUGCACGAAAUGUGGCAUUUGUCGGAUUCACAAGGACAGAUCUUUUCAUUGUGACGUGUGUAACGUUUGUCUUGACAAACGGCUUCAAGGUAAACACAAGUGCCGACCAGAUUCAGGACACGAUGAGUGCUGCAUUUGCUUAGAGGAUGCUUUCAGCGGUUGCCAGAUCCUGCCAUGCUCACACAAGGUCCACAGGGAGUGCGACAUUGCAAUGAUACAAAACGGCGUGUAAGUAUACUUGAAAUGUCCUCAUCCUUUACAUGGCCUGAUGUUUUUUUGCUAUCUUCAAAGAGCCUCUCUGUUUAAAAAAUAAAUAAAAUAUAAAU